UCCCGCCUCAUAUGCACGGGCCCAAACGCCUCCUCCGGUCCUCCCUCCCCACAGACGCCGCAGGCCAAGAAUCCAGCCUCGCCGAGCCAAGAGUCCAAGACCUCCUCGCCCAACCACCAUCUCCUCGCCAUGCAGCAGCCACCGUGCCGCCGCGCUUCGCCGACCGCGUCGCUGUGACGUACGUCGUCGUCAUCUUGUGUUGGAGCCGGGCCGGCCUGUGAGCGAGCGGUUCUUGGACGGGACAGGGAUGGGUGUGCUCCUGCUGAAGAAGCAGCACUCGUCGGCGUCGGCGGGGGGCUCGAGCGGCGGGUCGUCGUCGAUGCCGCCGAAGGGUUGCAUGGCGGUGCGGGUGGUGGGGCCGGGCGGCGGCGGCGGGGAGGGGAAGGAGGAGGAGCGGUUCGUGGUGCCGGUGGGGUACUUGAAGCACCCGCUGUUCGUGACGCUGCUCAAGGCGGCGGAGGAGGAGUACGGCUUCGAGCAGAAGGGCGCUAUCACCAUCCCCUGCGGCGUCGACCACUUCCGCCGCGUCCAGGGCAUCAUCCACCACCAGAAGCACCACGGCCACGGCCUCAUCUCCGGCGGCGGACACCAUGGCUCCGCAGGGCACCAUGGCCAGCACCAGCACCACUUCCACAUCGCGGGAUGCUUCCGUGCCUGAUCCGAAGGGAUGGGAGAUGGAUCCAUGGCCGCCAAGGAUGGAUCUUGCAGCUGCUGCUCGCUCUUCGUAUUGAGUGGAUCGAUCGAAGGACAAUAAUAGUAGGACUUAUUUAGAGUUUUCUGAUUAGGAUUUAGAGAUGCGCAGGCCUGUGAUGAUCAAAGGAUCAUGGUUGCUUGAGUAGCGUAAUCGUGGAUCUGCAGGUUUGGACAUAUGGAUCUAUCAUUAGAAUUUUCUCUAGGUUUCUGUUGAUGAUGAUGAUGAAAAGGAAUAUCAAAGGAUCAUGCAUGUUUCAGUGCUUAGACUUUA